UAGGAAAACCCGAUCAUACUGCCAUCUUAAAUACAACAGCACGAAUAGACAAGCGAAGUCUUCUAUCAUGCCAAUGUCAAAGUGUAAAAUGUGGCGUUCUUAAGGAUUUUAUUUUACAUUGCUUCAAAUUAGAUCUAGAUCUAAGUUUAGAGAUGUGUAAGAUUUUUUGAUGUUCCAAUGGAUCCUAAUAAGAAAAUAAAGAAGGAGAAAAUAAAAUUGCUGACAUUAAGAAAUGUCGAGGGCACGCAGACUCUGUACACUCAAAUACCAUUCUUUAUGAGGACUAGGCUGGCACAAAUGAUUGACUCCAUUAAAUGGGAAGAAAUAAAACAUGGAUGUGAGUCUUACAACCCACGCUCAUUUCAAGAAGCUAAAGAGAAAUUUUGUGAUGUUCUGAGGAAAAUUGAUGAGUAUCUUGAAAAGGGUCGGAAUACUAAAAAUGAGGUGGAAACAGACAGCCUGAUGCUGAUGAGAACAGAUCGUAACUUUAUCACAGUCACUUAUGGCAAUGAUCCUGUGAAAUUUGUGACUGCAAUGGCUGACUGCAUUCGUAAAGAAGAUGAAUUGAUAGAUCAUUAUAUUCUGGAAGAUGAAAAUACUAAUGAGUCAACUUCUUGCAUAGAUAUAAAUGUAGAAGUUUCAACCAAUAACCUUCCAGUAAUAGAACAAGUCACGGAGUCUGUUUCUCAAGAGCUUCUUGACAUUGAAAAAAAUAUUGAUGAAUUACAGAAAAUGCUGACAAGUUACAAUUCUUUAAUAGGUGCAAAUAGUUGUCCUCUAUUGGAUGAGUUCAUAUUUGAUCCAGAUGAGCUCCAUUCUUCAAUAUUGAACCAUUUUGACCUAAUGUUAGACACCAUGAUGAAGUAUGUUCAAGUGUUGUCUAUGAAAGUUGCUGAGUUCAAAGUAGCUAAAGCAAGGGCUAAUGUUCAUGUUGGACCAAAGGCAAAGUUAGAUCCAUUGGCCAAGAGCUUCAGUGCAUUUGGUGAACUUCUGCAAACUGUAUUGAAUUGGUUUGAGCCAACAGAACUUCUCAAGUAUUUCCAACAGAAUUAUGAAGAAGAAAUGAAACGCAAGGAGUCAAUAUUGUAUCAAAUCAAAAUAGAUCUUUUGAAAUGCAACCUUGUUGUUUACAAACAACCUAAAGACUUGAUGAGCAUUGAAAGUGUUGGAAACAAAAAAGGCAAAGAGGAAUCUUCAGGUUCUGACAAACUGAAAACCAAAAGGAAGUAUCGCACCAAAAAAAAGAACACUUUUGAGACUGGAGUGAGACUUCUUGGGGGUUCCUGCUUAAAAGAUGUACAAAUAGAUAAGGCUUUCAUGUACCUAGUUGCUGAGAGAGAUAAGGCUGAAGGCAAAGAAAGAGACCAAAGUACUGUAUUGACCUUUCUUACUGAAUAUAUCAAUGAUGAGAACUUUCCACAUCAUGUCAUCUUUAAGAAUGUGGCUAUUGAAAGCUUCUCAAGGGUGGAGCAGAACCACAUCUACAAACAGUUCUUUAGACUGGUGUAUGAUGUCUACAUUUCUUUCAAGGGGAUAGGAAAGAUGAAAGUGCAGACACUUUCUCUACCAUUUAUGUUUAAUACUGGGUCCAAUCAGAUUCUAGAGCUCAUUGCAGCUAGGAUGUGGUAUUGUGCUAACUUUGAUUUAUAUGAUGGGAGAUUUCACUGUGAUGAUUCUCUGGAUGUGGAGAUUGUGCUUAAAAUGCUGGCUGAUAGAGUAGCAAACCUGAAUCCAGCUAAUCCCAGACUUCUUUACCAAGAUGAAGUUGAGUUUCUUCAAACAAGACUGCCAAAUAGUAGCAAUGGGAAGGUAACCAUGCAAGGAUUUAUUAAGGAUAAGAUGAAGAAAACUAGGGCAGCUGAUCAAGAACUAGGAUUUUCUUUCCACACCUGGUUCUAUGCUGUUCUCUACUGCAUCAAAAUACGUUUACUAAACCCUUGGAUUGACGGUUUCAUUUAUGGCUUCUGCUCUGAAGCUACUGCUGCAGAACUUCUAGAAAAAGAGAGUGUGGGAACCUUUAUUCUCAGACCUAGCAUUUCAAGAGAAAUAAAUUCCAUGAGUUCCCGUGAAGCAUGUACAGACUUAACAAUGGAUAUCAAGUUAAAGAAAGAUAAUCCCAGCCUAGAUGAAAAUCCUUAUUUUGUGCAGUCAAUCCCCAUCCUAAUGAGUAGUGUCCAGAAGUACUCUCUGUAUGGAGCCAUUGCUGGAAUAAAGAAGAACAAUGAAGCCAUUGCUAAAUAUUGCCUGACUAGAAAUGGGAAAAAGAGCAUUGCUUUCUUGAGAGCAUACAAUCAGGGGAAAGUGGAAGGGGAGUAUGAGAGUAUCAAAGACUAUCGAUUGAUGGUGAAGAAGAUGGAGGAAAUCCAAAUUAAAGAAAUCGGUUUGGACACAACUGGUAACAUUAAUGAAAGAAAUGAGGAUGCUAAGAGUGGAGCCUCCCAACGUAAACGCCCCUUCCCUGGCCACUUCACAUCUUCAAGUUCUCCAACUAGUGUUUGUGUUCCUGCACAAAGUCCUUCUGAUGCAAGUAGUCAUUGGUCAAAUACUACCAGUACCUCAGAUCCAGUUGAUAUGUUUGAUCAAGAGAACGCGACAUUUCAUAUGAGUCCAGGAAGCUACAAUGUUGCCCUUGGUCUUACUACUGCAUCAGUUCAAGGUCUAAGGUCAGAUCACCAGAGCAACUGUCUGCCUGUUCACUAUGAUACUGAGCAUCACAGAUAUCCUUUCCUGACCUGUUUGAGAGACUCUGAGGAGGAAAUGGGCCAUAGCUUGCAAGAAGGAUAUUUGGAGACAUGUGCUAGCUUAAUCCUGCAACGUAUUGAUGGAACUGAUGAAUUAUCAACACUGCUACAUGAAUAUGCCAAGUCCAAGGACGCAGGAGUAGAUUUUAUGGACAGUGAACUUAUUGAAACAUCUCCAUAUUUUAACAAUGAAGCCACUUCCACACAGAAUUGGCUAUGCGACAGAAGCGAUGAGUACAGAAAGUAUCAGUAUGUGCGAACUAAUUCCAACCUUUCUUCAGCGUAUUCCUCUUGUACAAAUAUCUCUAGCCCAUCAGACAGCUCUCUAGGUGGAAUGCAUGAAGAAUGUUUAUGCAUCAGCCCUGCUGAUUCAGGAAUUGAUCGCACUACUCCCUCUCCUCCUAAUGAGUAUGAGGGAAAUAAUUAGAUUGUGUCUACAAUAAAUAAAUUCCCAUGUUUUUUGUAACUUGAAAUGUAGUUAAAAUUUUCAUUGAAGUGGUUUUUUUUUUGUAUACAUACAAAGAUUUCCCACUCAUGAUUUUUUUCUGGGAAUAAUGGAUAAGUAAUUACUGUAACUAAGAAAUUGUUUUUUACUGGAUCAAGCACAUUUAAUUGUGUUUUUGAUUAGAAGAUGGAGAAUGGUGGCUGAAUGCUAAAACACUGCUAGACUUUAAACGGAAUCUUCAAUUUUACGAUGUCUGUUAUUUCACCCACCUCUAAUGAUUGAUUACUUUACAUAUGUUGACAAAAGAAAAGGUAGACUGUCAUUGUCACAUAACACCAAAGUUAUCUUUUAACCAUGGAAUCAGGUAGACUUUAAAUGAUCUGCCCCUUUGGUCUGAAAAGAAAAUUUAACAGGGUACUUAAUACUUUUUUUUUCCUAAUUAGAAAAUUCAAUUCCUAUUUAAACAUUAUAGAAAAUAAUAAUGUGUAAAACAAAGAUACCUCAUAGAAUUUGCAAAUAUUAUUAUAAUAGCUGUUUCAAAUAAAAACUAUACUGAGGCUGGUAUGUGUAGCUAUGUUCAAUAUAAGUUGUUCAGAAAAAUGGGAAUAUAAACCUACAUUCAGUUCAGUUACAUGGGGAUUUCUGUCCUUGCUAAGUGCAUUGGUAUAAAUAGAUAGAUAUAGCCUUAAUUUGGCAAAAUAUAUUCAAAGGGUAACAAUUGUAAUAUCAAGCCAUUGAACCUAUACUGGAUGCAUUUGUUCAUUAAAUACAUAAUUUUGUUUUGAAAUGUUAGAAUGAAGUGGAUUUACCUGGCAAUUAAUUUUGUACAGUGCUCUUUUUACAUUCAUUUUAACAUUGUGUAGUCAUAGAUGUAUCCAAAAUACAUGGAUGGCUCCCUGUUGUUUUUUGUUUAGUGUCAUUGUUUACUCUUUAUUCAAGAGUUGAACAAAGAGCUAAAAAUAUAUUUCAAGUUUUUAUUAAGUACCUCAGUCUCUCUUGUCUAUUACAUGCAAGAUUUGUGUUGUCUAUGCUUUGAAGAAAUGUAAAUAAAAAUAGGGAUUUAAGUUACUGUUGAAUUACAAAUUGUAAACAUUCUUUUUACAAUACUUUUUUUUUUAUCGAAAGAAACUUGAUUCCUUAUUUAAAUUUUACAUUAUUUAACAGAGAAAGUUUAUAUGUUUUCUUAUUUGGGUUUCAAGAGGUUUUUGUAUUCCAUUUAGAGAUUUUGUUGUAUUAAUAAUCUCUAGGGCUGCUAUAAUUUUAAGCAACCUGUCUUGACUCUAAAAUUAGCAGGACCCUUGGGGGCUAGAAGCUAGUUUUAUAUUGCUCCCAUUUGAAUUAAACUAAAUGUUAAUAUUAAUUUACGAUUAUAUUAUCUUAAGUAUUACUGAUGUUACUUUUAACAAAAUAUAAAAUGUUUGUAUUAUUGAUAUUAUUGCAUCAUCAUUCUAUUUUUGUCACAAACUUUCCAGUAGAUGCUUAGAGGAAGAGAAGUCCAAAUAAUUCUUUAAAACUUUUUAUUGUAACAAGUAAAUUUGAGAUCAAUCUAGAGCUUCAUAUCUGUAUUCUAAUUUAAUGUUAUCUUUGAUGUGUGUGUGUGUUUUUUACCUGAAGAAAUAAUUUUUUAAUCAACUUUAUCAAAUAUUUUUCUUGCAUACUUUUAUAUAUAUAUAAACAUUCCUAUCAAAUAUGUAUUUGAAAAAAAUAACUCUUAAAUUAUAUCAGGUUGAAUAUUACUGAUAUAUGCAUAUGCAUCAUCAGUCUAUUUUUUCACAAACUUUUCUUUACAUAUAUAUUUUUAAAAUAAGUAACACUUACGAAAUCAAAUGGAUUUAAUUUUCUUUAGAAUAAUAUAUGUUGUUUUAAAGUGGGUAAUCACAUUUUUUAAAAAAGCUACCAUACAAGAAAUAUUCAAGCAUCUUUGUAAGCAUACCAACUUACUAAUUACUAACUUAUUUGGCUGAAACAAAUCUCCCAUAAGCACAGAAGCAAGUUGUUAGAAGAGCCAAGUUGUUAGAAGAGCCUAUUUGUAUUGACAUUUAUCUUGCCAAUGUUUAGUUAUGUCUGCCUCUUUUUUUUUUUUAACAUUGAAUUUGUUAGUUGUGUUCUCUGUCCUCUAAACUUAUUCCUUCACUACCCGUUUGAAAUAAGUUCUUUUCUAUGUAGAAAUCAAAUGCAGCCUCUCUCAAAUUUAAAACAGAAAUCACAUGGUCAAAGAACAGAUAUUUGUUAAUAGUUAAAAUAUACACUAUUUGAUAGGUCAGUGCUUUUUUUUCUCUGUGUAAAUGAACACACCUUGUGUGCCAUUUGUCAAGUGCUUUACAAUUGUUUUGUUCAAUAAAAAUUUUAAUCAGAAUCAA